AAAGGAAUUACUGCAGAACUCAGAGGAACCAUCUGCUCAGGUUGCAACUCUCAGGUCGAGCAGCAGAGAGCACGGACACGCGUGCGAGGCCUCAAUAAACCGACACAUUGGAGAUCCAUUCAGAGCUUCGCGUUUCAGCUCUUCGGGUACGAGAGCCAAUGGGAUGCGGACAGGGCGGGUUCUACAGCGCAGAAGUGAGGCUGCGCGGUGAUCGGGCUGGCAUGUGAAUAAUAACAAUCCUACAGGAGUUUGGGGCGGAAGAGCGGGCUCGUUUAAUGAUUACUCGAGUUACUUUCUGUGAAUACGAUUGUAUGAUAAAGUCAAGAUCACGUACAAGGCUCUCCAAUAAUGAAGCUGAAUAUCGACGGGCUUCUGGUCUACUUCCCCUAUGACUACAUCUACCCCGAGCAGUACUCCUACAUGCUGGAGCUCAAGAGGACACUGGAUGCCAAGGGUCAUGGUGCUCUGGAGAUGCCCUCUGGCACAGGGAAGACCGUCUCUCUGCUCUCUCUCAUUGUUGCGUACCAACGGGCAUUCCCUCUGGAAGUGACCAAGCUGAUCUACUGCUCCCGAACCGUCCCUGAGAUAGAGAAGGUGGUGGAGGAGCUGCGGCGGCUCAUUGAUUUCUAUGAGAAGGAGACAGGGGAGCGGAACAGCUUUCUGGCCCUGGCCCUGUCCUCCAGGAAAAACCUGUGUGUGCAUCCGGAGGUGAGCUCCCUGCGGUUUGGGAAGGAGGUUGAUGGAAAGUGUCACAGUCUGACGGCCUCGUAUAUCCGAGCUCAGUGCCAGUCCGACCCCUCAGUGCAGACCUGCCGCUUCUAUGAGGAGUUCAAUGCUUUGGGCCGGCAGGUCCCCCUCCCCGCCGGGAUCUACAACCUGGACGAUCUGAAGAGCUUCGGCAGGAGGAGGGGCUGGUGCCCGUACUACCUAGCCAGAUACUCUAUUCUCCAUGCUAACGUCGUGGUGUACAGCUAUCACUACCUGCUGGACCCCAAGAUCGCUGACCUUGUCUCUAAAGAGCUGGCCAAGAAAUCUGUGGUGGUGUUCGACGAGGCUCACAACAUAGAUAACGUCUGCAUCGACUCCAUGAGUGUGAACAUCACCCGGAGGACCCUAGAUCGAACCCAGAGCAACAUCGAGACACUGCAGAGCACUAUCAGGAGGAUCAAAGAGACGGACGCGUCGCGGCUGCAGGAGGAGUACAGGCAACUGGUGGAGGGGCUGAAGGAGGCGAAUGUUGCCAGGGAAACGGACGUGUAUCUGUCCAAUCCUGUGCUGCCUGAUGAGAUCCUGCAAGAGGCGGUCCCCGGCAGUAUUCGCUCUGCUGAGCACUUCGUUGGGUUCCUGAAGCGGCUGCUCGAGUACCUGAAGGCUCGGCUCCGGGUUCAGCACGUGGUGCAGGAGAGCCCGCCGCAGUUCCUCAAGGACGCCUUUGAGAAAGUGUGCAUCGACCGCAAGCCUCUCCGGUUCUGUGCAGAGCGGCUGCGUUCUCUCCUGCGCACUCUAGAGAUCGCUGAUAUUGCUGAUUUCUCCGCCGUCACCCUCAUCUCCAACUUCGCCACGCUGGUCAGCACCUACAGCAAAGGUUUCACGAUCAUCAUCGAACCCUUUGAGGACAGGACCCCCUCCCUCGCCAACCCCAUCCUGCACUUCAGUUGUAUGGACUCCUCCAUUGCUAUCAAGCCUGUGUUUGAGCGCUUCCAGUCGGUCAUCAUCACUUCUGGGACAUUGUCUCCGCUGGAUAUCUACCCCAAGAUUCUGGACUUCCGCCCCGUUACCAUGGCAUCCUUCACCAUGACCCUUGCACGGUCCUGCCUCUGCCCACUGAUCGUUGGCCGUGGGAAUGACCAGGUUGCGAUCAGCUCCAAGUUCGAGACUCGAGAAGAUAUAGCUGUGAUCCGUAACUAUGGUAACCUGUUGCUGGAGAUGUCGUCCGUCGUGCCCGAUGGGAUUGUGGCUUUCUUUACCAGCUACCAGUACAUGGAGAACAUCGUGGCAUCCUGGUAUGAGCAGGGGAUCUUGGAGAACAUCCAGAGAAACAAGCUGAUCUUCAUCGAGACCCAGGAUGCUGCAGAGACCAGCAUGGCACUGGAGAAAUACCAGGAGGCCUGUGAAAACGGUCGGGGUGCAAUCCUGCUGUCUGUGGCCAGAGGCAAGGUGUCAGAGGGGAUUGAUUUCGUUCAUCACUUCGGCCGGGCGGUCAUCAUGUUCGGAGUCCCCUACGUGUACACACAGAGCCGCCUGCUCAAGGCUCGUCUGGAGUACCUACGGGAUCAGUUCCAGAUCAGAGAGAACGACUUCCUGACCUUCGACGCCAUGAGACACGCAGCCCAGUGUGUGGGGAGGGUGAUCCGGGGCAAGACUGACUAUGGGCUCAUGAUCUUCGCAGACAAGCGUUACGCUCGUGCUGACAAGAGAGGGAAGCUUCCUCGCUGGAUCCAGGAGCACAUCACUGACAGCAGCCUGAACCUGACCAUCGACGAGACAGUGCAGCUCUCCAAGCACUUCCUGAGAGACAUGGCUCAGCCCUUUCGCAAGGAGGAUCAGCUGGGUCUGUCUCUGCUCACUCUGGACCAGCUUCAGUCUGAGGAGAUGGUAAAGAAGAUCGCCCAGAUCGCACACCAGAUAUAAUAACACAGUCUCUACACAAUACAGUACAAUCUACACAACACAAUACAGUCUACACAAUACAACACAAUCUACACAACACACAAUACACAGAAAGUGCUCGGCCCACAGUCACUCAAGCACACUUGUUUGUAUUUAAUGUGUUUAUAUUUGAUGGUAAAGUGAAAUAAUAAAAGAAGCUUUUUCAUA